CUAACCUAACCAAACUUAUCAGCACGAGUCUGUUUACAAAAUUCGGAAAUAAACUUUUCAGCCGGUAUAAAUCUAUUGCCUUGGCUUUCUCACGCUGAUUUACUCUUUUUUUCACCAGUUUAUCGAAAAUGAAGAGUGCCUUUGUCGUCCCUAGUAUCCGUCAGUGAAAAAUGCUGUACUCCUGUGCCCUAAUUUGUUUCAUACUCCUGAUGUCAAUGCAACUGACUCUGCUCGCUAUACUCAACUCAAUCGACUUUGUUUUAAGCGAACUAUCACAUUGACUUGCCUAAAUAACAUGUUAAACGUAUGAUCAAACUCAUCACCAACCAAUUUAAGUAAUUUACUACCUGUCAGAGGGCUUAAUCUCAUGAAACCGAAUUAACCUUACGAAAGUUGAAACUUACUAUUUGCGACAAUGUCGAGGAAGAAAUCAGAUGUGCCUGUGGAAGAAAGCGAUGUACUCUCUAUCAGGCCUUUGGGUGCAGGCCAAGAAGUCGGAAGGUCUUGUAUCAUGCUGGAAUUCAAAGGAAAGAAAAUUAUGCUUGAUUGUGGCAUUCAUCCUGGUCUAUCUGGCAUGGAUGCUUUGCCUUUCGUGGAUCUUAUUGAAGCCCAUGAAAUUGAUAUUCUACUAGUAUCUCAUUUCCAUCUGGAUCAUUCUGGUGCCCUACCAUGGUUCUUACUAAAAACUUCUUUCAAAGGCCGUUGUUACAUGACCCAUGCAACAAAAGCAAUUUACAGGUGGCUUGUGUCAGAUUAUAUCAAAGUGAGCAACAUUGCAACGGAGCAGAUGCUGUACACAGAGUCAGAUUUGGAAAAAAGCCUGGACAAGAUUGAAACGAUCAACUUCCACGAAGAAAAAGAUGUUGGUGGAGUGAAGUUUUGGGCCUACAAUGCAGGGCACGUCCUAGGAGCUGCCAUGUUCAUGGUCGAAAUCGCAGGAGUCAAGAUAUUGUACACAGGUGACUUUUCAAGACAGGAGGAUAGGCAUUUAAUGGCAGCCGAAAUCCCAUCCGUGCGACCUGAUAUCUUAAUUACUGAAGCAACUUACGGCACUCACAUCCACGAAAAAAGGGAAGACAGAGAAGCCCGCUUCACAUCAUUAGUCCAUGAUAUUGUCAACAGAGGUGGCAGGUGUCUUAUCCCAGUUUUUGCCCUUGGUCGGGCUCAAGAACUCCUCCUUAUUUUGGGUUACUGCGUGGAGGGAACGUUAGCUAAAACAAUCCUAUCGGAGCCAGAAGAAGUUGUCGCAAUGACAGGCCAGAAACUUCCUCUUAAAAUGUCCGUUGACUACAUCUCAUUUUCUGCUCACACUGACUAUCAGCAGACAAGUGAAUUCAUCCGCAUUCUCCGCCCUCAACAUGUGGUUCUAGUUCAUGGAGAACAAAAUGAAAUGGCUAGGCUCAAAGCUGCUUUGAUGCGGGAAUAUGAAGAUGAUCCGGACACCAAAAUGGAAGUCCAUAACCCUCGUAACACCAUUGCUGUGGAGCUCACUUUUCGUGGUGAAAAAGUUGCGAAGGUCAUUGGCAACCUAGCUGUGCAGAAACCUGUGAAAGGCAGCAAUCUUUCAGGAAUUGUCAUUAAAAGGAACUUCAACUAUCACGUAGUUGCGCCUGAGGAUUUAUCUAAGUACACUGAUAUGGCAACAUCUUUGGUAACUCAGUCACUUUCGGUUCACUUCUCUGGGUCGUUUUCAACUUUGAAGUACCUGGUGGGACAUCUGGCUGGCCCUGUUGAGGAAUCAGUGACAGAAGAGAAGUUAAGAGCGUUCGACUGUAUCGAUCUCACUUUAGAUAAAAAAGUUGUCACCUUGGAGUGGGUGGCUUCUCCUGUCAAUGAUAUGUUUGCUGAUGCAGCACUGGCGGCUGUACUCCAAGCCGAGCAGUGUGGUGCAUCUCUUGCAUCAAAAUCUCUACCCUCUCAACCUAUGAAAAUGGACCGCAUGCAUUUUAAGGAAUGUUUGAUUGAAAUGCUGCAAGAAAUGUUUGGUGAAGACUCUGUACCAAAAAUAUUCAAGGGAGAAAAGUUGUUUGUAACUGUUGAUGGAAAGAAAGCCAAUAUAGAUUUAACUGAUCUAUCAGUAUUAUGUGAGGAAGAUGAAGCUCUUUCGCAGAUGAUCAAGUCAGCUGUGACGAAACUACACCAUGCUUUGUCAUCAGUCAAAACGGAAUAGGAAGGAGAUUGCUUUGAAAAACACAUUACUGGGACAAUUUAAUUGAAGAAAAAGUGCUUUCCUUGACCGGAGGUACCAACUUGAGAUUGUGUCAUGCAAUGGCAGAUAUCUUACCAACAUUUCGAGUGGAAAACUAUUCUGAGCAAGUUUGAUGUCUCCUAAUUAUGCCUGGUCACCUAGAAUUAAAUCGAUGGGCAUUAUCUCUACAGAGAAAGGGGAUACCUGGGUAGCAUUUAGCAGAAAGAAAAUAAAUCUGUAGCCGUGUUUUCAAAAACGCCCCCAAGUUUGAACAAUUUUUAUUUUUUCACCAAAAAAUUGUUAGUCUUAAGGAGGCCAAUCCUUUAAGUUUUAUCAUUGUGCAAUUACAUGCAUUAAAUUAUCUUUACAUAAUGAACACGUUUGAAAAAACCGCAACGGACUUAGUGCCUUUCUGCUGAAUGCUAUCCAUCUGAGCUCAGUUCAACUCUCCUUCUCUAAUCCUUAAAGCUGUAUUCAGCGCGGAAGGAGUCUGCGUAAUAUUUAAGCAUGCUUUAUUUAAGUACUAGUUUUCAGUCUGAUGUUUAUUUUGUCUGACAAUGAGUGCAUUUUGACUUUCUCUCAAUUGUAUGUAAAUUGUAUUUGUUUUUAUUGAUCCGUGUAGCUGGAUGUUAUUUGGCCCCAGCUUAUUGUACAGCUUGUAAUUGUUUUAGAAAUAAAGAUAGAUACAUACUGAGAAAAA